GUCCAAAAGAGCGUCUCGUCAAAGCCAAAGCCGAUCCACCACACAACACAAACCUUCAACCCCAAAUCUCAAUCCCAAUCCCUAAUUUUCCUUCUUCUCCGCCCACCGCCGCCGGAAAAUGGCUCUUCAGCUGUGGGAGACUUUCAAGGACUCGAUCACCGCAUACACAGGCCUUUCUCCGGCUACUUUCUUCACUGUCGUUGCUUUAGCCAUCACUCUCUACUACUUCGUCUCCAAUCUGUUCGGUUCCUCCGAAGAUAGUCACGUUCAUCAGCGGUCCAGGGAUUUCGAGGAGGAGGUGGAGCCUCUGCCGCCGCCGGUUCAGCUUGGCGAGAUUACCGCGGAGGAGCUGAAACAGUACGAUGGCUCCGAUCCGAAAAAGCCCUUGCUGAUGGCGAUCAAAGGUCAGAUCUACGAUGUUUCACAGAGCAGAAUGUUCUACGGCCCUGGUGGCCCAUACGCCCUCUUCGCCGGCAAGGAUGCAAGUCGAGCUCUAGCAAAGAUGUCGUUCGAGGAAAAAGAUCUCAACGGCGAUCUCACAGGGCUAGGUGUGUUUGAGCUCGACGCACUCCAAGAUUGGGAAUACAAGUUCAUGAGCAAGUACGCGAAGGUGGGAACCGUUACAGCAACCGUGCCAGUGACCGAAGCUGCCGCCGCUGAUGAGAGCCAAACGACGGACGGCGCUGAAACUAGCGCGGCAAAGCCUGCCGAUAACGACGCAGCGAAGCCGGCGGAAGAUGGCCCUUUGGAAAAUGGCGUCAAAGAAGCACCACCUGCAGAAACCACAGCGGCUGGUGACGCCGACAAGAAAGAAUGAGUGAUAUCCUUGUUGUUAUCGAAACAUGAACUUUUGGGGAGGAUCUUGUUUGUCGAAAGACGGUAUUCUUCUUUCGGGUUAGGACACCCCCACCCCUACCCUUACUCGCCUUAUAAAUUUGAAAGACCGGAAGAAGAAAAUGAAGAAGAUGUAGUAGUUGUAAUGAAUAAGAAUGACUUGGGAAGGUUAUGAAUGUGCAUUUUUAUGUUUGUUUGA